CGCCGGGUUGCAACACCCGCCUCGCCCUGGGGAGGGGGUGGGGUGUGAUGGCUGCCCUCAGUAUUGCCUGCACAAAUAUCUACCAGGGCCGCAACUAAUAGCUCCUGCAACUUUGCACCAUGUUUUCCAGUAAGCCUACCGACAGGCACUGUGCAGAUUCAAGCAGAGAGACGUCCAAGCAUUGAGGCCGCUGUUGCACUGGCCACCCCGAGCCCCCAGUCGGCCCUCCCGUCCCGGCUUCCUCGCCCCGCACUAGGACCCCUGCAGCCGAUCAGGCGGCAGCCGGGGCGACCUCCUUCCUCUUUUGGCAAGAUGGCGGGAGGAGAAGCAGGAGUGACUUUGGGGCAGCCGCAUCUUUCGCGCCAGGAUCUGACCACCUUGGAUGUUACCAAGUUGACGCCACUUUCACACGAAGUUAUCAGCAGACAAGCCACAAUUAAUAUAGGUACAAUUGGUCACGUAGCUCAUGGGAAAUCCACAGUUGUCAAAGCUAUUUCUGGAGUUCACACGGUCAGGUUCAAAAAUGAACUAGAAAGAAAUAUUACAAUCAAGCUUGGAUAUGCUAAUGCUAAGAUUUAUAAACUUGAUGACCCAAGUUGCCCUCGGCCAGAAUGUUAUAGAUCUUGUGGGAGCAGUACACCUGAUGAGUUUCCUACAGAUAUUCCAGGGACCAAAGGGAACUUCAAAUUAGUCAGACAUGUUUCCUUUGUUGACUGUCCUGGCCACGAUAUUUUGAUGGCUACUAUGCUGAAUGGUGCAGCGGUGAUGGAUGCAGCUCUUCUCUUGAUAGCUGGUAAUGAAUCUUGCCCUCAGCCUCAGACAUCUGAACACCUAGCUGCUAUAGAAAUCAUGAAACUGAAGCAUAUUUUGAUUCUACAAAAUAAAAUUGAUUUGGUAAAAGAAAGUCAGGCUAAAGAACAAUACGAGCAGAUACUUGCUUUUGUCCAAGGUACAGUAGCAGAGGGAGCUCCCAUUAUUCCAAUUUCGGCUCAGCUGAAAUACAAUAUUGAAGUUGUUUGUGAGUACAUAGUAAAGAAAAUUCCAGUACCCCCAAGAGACUUUACUUCAGAGCCCCGCCUUAUUGUUAUUAGAUCUUUUGAUGUCAACAAACCUGGCUGUGAAGUUGAUGACCUUAAGGGGGGUGUAGCUGGUGGUAGUAUCCUAAAAGGAGUAUUAAAGGUGGGCCAGGAGAUAGAAGUAAGACCUGGUAUUGUUUCCAAGGAUAGCGAAGGAAAACUCAUGUGUAAACCAAUCUUUUCCAAAAUUGUAUCACUUUUUGCGGAGCAUAAUGAUCUGCAAUAUGCUGCUCCAGGCGGUCUUAUUGGAGUUGGAACAAAAAUUGACCCCACUUUGUGCCGGGCUGACAGAAUGGUGGGGCAGGUACUUGGUGCAGUCGGAGCCUUACCUGAGAUAUUCACAGAAUUGGAAAUUUCCUAUUUCCUGCUUAGACGACUUCUAGGUGUACGCACUGAAGGAGACAAGAAAGCAGCAAAGGUGCAAAAGCUGUCUAAAAAUGAAGUACUCAUGGUGAACAUAGGGUCCCUGUCUACAGGAGGGAGAGUUAGUGCUGUCAAGGCCGAUUUGGGUAAAAUUGUUUUGACCAAUCCAGUGUGCACAGAGGUAGGAGAAAAAAUUGCCCUUAGCCGAAGAGUUGAAAAACACUGGCGUUUAAUUGGUUGGGGUCAGAUAAGAAGAGGAGUGACAAUCAAGCCAACAGUAGAUGAUGACUGACGAACACCAGUUAAAUAAUGCAUUUGGAUGGAGUUGGAAGUUGGAAUUUCUCUUAACAACCAAGGAGUUUAUUUUCAAAGCAAUAUUGGGGAAUUUAUUUACAGUUUGUUACCUAAGUAGAUAGUUAUAAGAUUAUUCUCAUGUUUUUGGUUAUGAAGACUUAGGGACUGAAAUUAAUAUAAAAGUUGGCGUAAUGUUGGAUUAAAUCUAUAUUUUGACAGAAGCAUUCCCAUAUAAUGUCACAAUUAUAUAUCAUGCAGUUUUGUUCUGCAUGUCUUGUUUUGUUUUGUUUUUGAGUCUGGCUUUGCCACCCAGGAUGGAGGGCAGCGGCCUGAUCUGCAACCUCUGCCUUCUGGGUUCAAGCUCAGCCUUCGAAGUAGCUGAGAUUACAGGUAUGUGCCACCACACCUGGCUAAUUUUUGUAUUUUUAGGAGAGACAUGUUGGCCAGGCUGGUCUCUUCUGACCUCAGGGUGAUCACCCCACUUCGGCCUCCCAAAGUGCUGGGAUUACAGGCAUAAGCCAUAUUGCCCUGCCCAUAUCAUACAGUUUGAAAUGAAUUUUUGCUACAACCAGCCUUUGCUGUAGCGCGCGCGCGCGCGCGCACACACACACACACACACACAUAUACACACAUAUAUAUAUAUAUAUAUAUACACACACAUACCACUGAAACCGUCUGAAAUAGUUUCAUUUUCAUGAUUCCUCUUUGAAUAGCUCCAAGCCGAUGAACUGUUGUACCAAUGAAAACUUAAAGAGACAGAUUCUCCUUGAAGACCUCCCCUUUUUUUUGGCCCCAUAUUUUAUAUUGCUUUAUCUUUGAAAUUUUGCAUGAAAAGGAAAUUAAUGGGUUCAAAUGAAAUUGUUCUUUAGAGAUUUUAGAAAUUGUUCCUAUGGACAAAUCUUUUUCUUCCCUUGCUCUUCCUGGCCUGAAACACAGGAAACCAGAGUCAGAAGUUACCUUUCUUUCCCUGUGAUGGCUUGAAAUUUUUUCGGCGUUGGUUUAUGCCUGAAAUCCAAUAGUCUUCCUCCAUUGGAAAAUACUAUUGUACCAAAUAAUUCUAGAUGAGUAACAAAGAUUUUUCUAGGCCUUCAUUUUAUGUUUUUUCUUAACUGUUAUAUUUUGAUUAUAACACAUGUUGUAAUAUUACUAAUUUUUGGACAUUCCAAAAGGCCAAGAAGUAAAAGAUGUUAGAAAGCUGUAACUGAGUCAAGAUGCCCCACAGAGAUUCUGGUUUAAUUGUUGUGAUUUAAUUGGCUUGGAGUAAAAUUCAGGCAUUUAACAACUCUCCUCAGUGUUGAGAAAUUUAGAGAGUUGAGGAGUAGGGAUAUUAAAUUACAGAAUCUCACAGUUUUGAUAGUCUGAUAAUACAGUUUGCUCUUUUAAAUUUGCAUUGAGAUGGGAUUUGAAACAUACUGUGCUCUUUUGAGUGUUGAAGUUGCAUUGUAGAAGUUGAGAACCUGUGGCUAUGGGUUAUGUAAGUUGAUCUUUUGAGGACGCAUAUUCAUGUUAUAUACUUGGCUGACUUCGAAGGUUGUGUUGUAGCAUGAGGAACACAAAUAAACAAUUCUACAUCAAAUGUUAAUUUUAUAUCUAACAUGUCCCCAUGUGUUUUGUAAGUAACUUCUACCAGAAAUUUUGGAAUAAGACUUAAAAUAUAGACAAAUUUAUUACAAUCUCAUGUCAGAUUUGAAACCAGAAAUCUAUUGUAAUUAAUUUAAGACAUCCACAUGAAUUAGCAGCAAAUUUGUAAAGCACUGUGCUGAGUGUAAUGGGCAUAUACAGAUAGGAAGAAAAUGGACCCUGUUUUCAUAGAACUUGAAACCAGGGCAGUGAUUCUUAGCAAGAGAUGUACCUGCUUGAGAAUGUGCCUGUAAUGUUUCUGAUUAAAGUACAUGGCUUAUGUAAA